CAGCUCAGCCCUCCAUCUCUCUACCAAAUAAAAGGGGGGAGCCGGGCCACAACCGGCUCAUUCCUGCCCCCAUCCUUCCCUCCAGGGCCACGUCUCCCUGCCUCUCUCUCCUGCCAUGUCGUGCCGCUCCUUCCAGCCGAGGUCCAGAUGUGGCAGUCAGAAUUUCAGCUCCUACUCUGCCGUCAUGCCCCGGAUGGUCACCCACUAUGCAGUGAGCAAGGGGCCGUGUCGGCCAGUGGGGUCCGGGGGCCUCCGGGCCCUGGGCUGCCUUGGCUCACGGAGCCUGUGCAACGUGGGCUUCGGGAGGCCCCGGGUCGCCUCCAGGUGUGGCCUGCCCAGCUUCGGGUACCGAGUGGGGGCCACCUGUGGGCCUUCUGCCUGCAUCACACCUGUCUCCAUCAAUGAGAGCCUGCUGGUCCCGCUGGAGCUGGAGAUCGACCCGACCGUGCAGAGGGUGAAGAGGGACGAGAAGGAGCAGAUCAAGUGCCUCAACAACCGCUUUGCAUCCUUCAUCAACAAGGUCCGGUUCCUGGAGCAGAAGAACAAGCUGCUGGAGACCAAGUGGAACUUCAUGCAGCAGCAGAGGUGCUGCCAGAGCAACAUCGAGCCCAUCUUCGAGAGCUACAUCUGCGCCCUUCGGCGGCAGCUGGACUGCGUGUCUGGGGAGCACGUGAGGCUUGAGUCUGAGCUCUGCAGCCUCCAGAAUGUGCUGGAGGGCUACAAGAAAAAAUAUGAAGAGGAGCUCUCCCUGCGUCCCUGUGUCGAGAACGACUUUGUUGCCUUGAAGAAGGAGGUGGACACGGCCUUCCUGAUGAAGGCUGACCUGGAGACCAAUGCAGAGGCUCUAGUCCAGGAGAUCGACUUCCUGAAAGGCCUGUAUGAGGAGGAGAUCUGCCUGCUGCAGUCCCAGAUCUCUGAGACCUCGGUCAUUGUGAAGAUGGACAACAGCCGGGAGCUGGAUGUGGACAGCAUCAUCGCCGAGAUUAAGGCCCAGUAUGACGACAUCGCCAGCCGCAGCAAAGCCGAAGCGGAGGCCUGGUACCAGUGCCGGUAUGAGGAGCUGAGGCUGACAGCCGGGAACCACUGCGACAACCUCCGCAAUCGAAAGAACGAGAUUCUGGAAAUGAACAAGCUGAUCCAGCGGCUGCAGCAGGAAAUUGAGACCGUCAAAGCCCAGCGCUGCAAACUCGAGGGCACCAUAGCUGAGGCUGAGCAGCAAGGCGAGGCGGCCCUCAACGACGCCAAGUGCAAGCUGGCGGGGCUGGAGGAGGCCCUGCAGAAGGCCAAGCAGGACAUGGCCUGCCUGCUCAAGGAGUACCAGGAGGUGAUGAACUCCAAGCUGGGCCUGGACAUCGAGAUCGCCACCUACAGGCGCCUGCUGGAGGGCGAGGAGCACAGGCUGUGUGAAGGCAUUGGGCCGGUGAACAUCUCUGUGAGCAGCUCCAAAGGCGCUGUCCUGUACGAGCCAUGUGGGGUCAGCACGCCUGUGCUGAGGACGGAGUACUGCCCAGGGACCACCAGCGUCCUCAGGAGCAGUGGGGGCUGCAGUGUCGUGGGCACCGGUGAUCUCUACGUCCCCUGCGAGUCCCAGGGGCUCCUGGGCUGUGGGGGCGGGCGGAGCUCUAGCACGAAGCUGGUGGCUGGGAGCAGCCCCUCCAGCCACAAGUGUUAG